AUGCCUUUGUCCUCAAAGCUGCUCGACAACGCCCGCGGGUUUGAUGUGAUUAUCGCCGGAGGCGGUACGGCGGGCUGCAUCGUAGCCUCACGGCUGGCUGACGCCAGCCCGGAGCUCUCAAUUCUCGUGGUCGAGUCCGGGCCAAACAACCGCAAUGACCCGGAUAUUGUGCACCCGCCAUUUUUCCACACAAAUCUCAAACCAUGCAAGCACAAGCUUCUGUACUACAAGGGGAGAAUGUCACCCCAGAUGGCGGGUAGGGAGCCCAUCGUGUCCACCGGCGGCCUGCUAGGCGGCGGCUCCUCGGUCAACGCUAUGAUGUAUACCCGUGCCCAAGGCUGCGACUUCGAUUCCUGGGACACGCCCGGGUGGUUUGCUGACGAUAUGUGGCCGUUUCUAAAGAAACUCGAAACAUACCACGGCCCCGGAGCCAGGCAACACCACGGAUGCGACGGGCCUAUGGACGUGUCUGAUGGCACCUACCGCUGCAAGAGAUUCGAAGACGACAUUCUUUCCGCGGCCGAGAAGGUCGGCUACCCCGAGUUGACAGAUCUCCAGGACCUGGACACCAAUAACGGAUUCAGUCGCUGGCUGCGCUACGUAAGUCCAGACGGCAGGCGACAGGAUACCGCUCACACAUACCUGCACCCGAAACUUGAAGGGGGGAAGCACCCGAACCUGCACGUGCUCGUCGAGUCGCAGGUCCUACGCGUCCUCUUCGAGGGGACGACAGCCGUCGGCAUCGAGUACCGGCCUAACCCCGACUUUCAAGCCCUGAUGCCCCUAACGAUGACGCCUGUGAGGACGGCCAGGGCACGGCGGAUGGUCAUCCUGUCCUGCGGCGCCCUCGCGACGCCGCUGCUCCUCGAGCGGUCCGGAGUGGGCGAUGCGCGCAUCCUGGAACGGGCCGGCGUGUCGGUGGUAGCAGACCUCCCUGGUGUUGGGCACGACUAUCAGGACCAUCAGCUGGUGUACUACCCGUACAAGACCGACCUGGAGCCUGACGAGACACUCCAUGGGAUCCUUGCGGGGCGCGAGGACCGGCAGGCGCUGAUCGAUAGCAACUCGAGGAUGAUGGGCUGGAACGGCACGGACAUCGGCUCGAAGCUGCGCCCUACGGUGGCUGAUGUUACCGCCAUGGGGCCCGCCUUCGGCGAGGCUUGGGAGCGAGACUUCAAGGACGUUCCGAGCAAGCCGCUGAUGCUCACUGCUGCCUUUUCUUACUAUUUUGGGGACCCGUCUGCUGUGCCCCCGGGGCAGUAUAUGUCCAUACUGAAUUAUACGGCAUACCCAUACUCGCGUGGCCAUGUCCACAUCACCGGACCAAGCAUCACCGACCCAAUCGAUUUUGACGUCGGCAUCUUCUCAGACAAGGGCGACAUCGACCUGAAGAAGCACGUGUGGGCGUACAAGAAGCAGCGCGAGAUCGUGCGCCGCACGAAGAUGUACCGCGGCGAGAUCGCGUCCGGCCACCCGCGGUUCGCCCCGGACUCGGGGGCCGCGUGUGCCGAAGAAGUCGGUGGUGAUGGCGCUGGGGCCCACGAUGUGGAAGACGAUAUCAGAUACUCCGCCGAGGACGACGCCGCGAUCCAGGACUUCCUGCGCGGGAAUGUGGCGACCACGUGGCACUCGCUGGGGACUGCCAAGAUGGCGCCGGCCGGGCGCCUCGGCGUCGUUGAUGGGGCUCUUGGUGUGCAUGGUCUGCGAGGCCUGAAGCUGGCUGAUUUGAGCAUCGUCCCCAAGAACGUCGGCGCCAAUACGGCGAACACGGCCAUGGUUAUUGGCGAGAAGGCUGCGGACAUCUUUAUUAGGGAAUUGGGACUCGCAGGUGCUUAA